AGCCCCACCAAGGUGUCUUGCGAAGGAGCCGGCCUGCACGAGUUCCCGAAGGAGCUCAGCCAAGGAGUUAAGUACCUCGAGCUCUCCAACAACUUCAUCCAAAACCUGUCGGGAAGUUACAUGCCAGGGUUUGGGCAGCUUGAGCACCUGGACGUGCGCUUCAACCAGCUGGAAGCCGUGUCGGACACGACCCUGGCCCAGCUGCCCGGGCUGCGCGCUCUGCUGCUGGGAUCCAACCGCUUGGACCGUAAUUACCGCGCUAACGGGGUGCUGGAUCUCUCCAAAAACAGGGUGACCAGCCUGCCGGCGGGGAUCUUCAGGAGCGCGCCGCGGCUGCGCCAGCUCGACCUCAGCGACAACUACAUCAUGGAAAUCGAGGAGGGAGCUUUUGAGGCUUUGGAAGAGCUGGAGGUGGUGAGCUUGGCUUUGAAUUCCCUCCACUGUAUCUCGGGCUUCAGCCUCACGCAGCUGCGAGUCUUGAACCUCAGCCACAACGCCCUGGAGACCCGGCGCGCCACCGCCGGGCUGACGCGUGUCGCCGCCUUGGAUCUCAGCAACAACCACCUGCGGCGGUUCCCGUUCGCCUUCUUCCACAGCCUGGGCUCUCUGCACAGCCUCAGCCUGGCUGGGAACUGUCUCCAGGAGGUGGCCGGGGAGGCUCUCGCUGGAGGUCUGUUCUGCUCGCUGCUGGAGAGCCUGGACGUCCGCAGUAACAACCUGCUGGCCUUGGAGGGGCCAGCAAGCUGGUCGGGCAGCCUGAAGGACGUGUCCAUCGCUGGAAACCCCUUCGGCUGCUGCUCGCUGGCCUGGCUGGAUGCGCUGCGGGCGGCCGGCGUGGGCGUGCGGGACCUGGACGAAGCCGUCUGCACCCACCGCGACGAGAGCAGGAACUUCUCGGCCAAGAUCGCCGACAGCCCUCGGUGGCUUUGCCCACGUCCCAAGGACGCCGGCUCGCUGGCGCUGCUUGUGGUUGUG